AUGUCUUCGUAUCAGGGCACGACGUUACCUGACGAGAUUUUGUCGCUCAUAUGUCAAGAGCUUGGAAAGGAUGGAGACUUUGGAUCAUUAUACAAAUGCGCGCUGAGUUCCAAGUCCUUUGCCGAUCCGGCGCUGAGAACGUUGUAUCAGCUACACCAGAAUUCUCCAGCAUUCGAGCAGAGAGAUGACUUGGAGGUCCGCCAGCGCCCGGUGGAUUUUGCCACCAAAGCCGCCGAGCAGGCCCAAUUCUAUCGCAAGUGGACCAUCUUAUGGCGUUCCAUCAUUCUUUCCGGCGUCGACGAUCUCAUCACCUACAAACCCUACUGUCGGUACAUCAAGACCCUGGACUUUCGCAAUCUCUCCGCCAUGUUAGAUGACCUCAAGUUCACUGGCCCUGUCCGAAAGGCCUUCUUCGCCAAUGGCCUCGAGUCUUUCCAUUUCCCUAAGAAGGAGUUCAACCGACAGGUGGUAGACGUCGUAGCUACCGUCAAUGCCAUCGGAGAAGCAGUUACCGCGAAGACGACACUGCUGGAAGAAAUCGACGGUCACAUCAGUCCCGGAUUUUUGCCUCGGUGGAUAUCUCGCUCUCCCAAAUUGGAAACGAUGGUCCUGUGGAAAGGCGAUGCCCUGGCCAACGGUGCCGGUGCCGCCAUUGCAGAACACUGCGAAUCUUUCCGAAAUCUGACCCUUCACGAAUGGCUGUCUCCGGACGCAGACGACGCUUUUGCUACGUUCCUCCACGAAUUGAAGGCCGAUACGCUGGGCUAUUUCGAAAUGAUCAGCUAUAACAAUCUGGGAAAACGUUCAUUUGAAGCUCUGGGACGGCACAAGUCGUUGCAACAAUUGGACCUAGGUAAUCUCAACCAAGAAGCCAUGCAGAACUUGAAUGCCCUUCAAGAAUGCACCGAGAUACACACCCUCAAGUUAGACGACAAUUUUGGAACCGUUCAGCUUGAGGCCCUAAACAACGAUGUCUUCCUGGAGGUGGUGGAGUGGCUCAGUUCCUGUCGCAAACUUCGCGACCUCAGUUUGAAGAAAUUCUUUGACGGACCAGCUCUCCUCUCCCGUGUGUUGUAUUCACCAAAUGUCAAAUUAACCAGACUGUCUCUCGAAGGCUACACAGUGCGUCAUACCAGUGCCCAGCUCUUUCACAGUGCUCUCGCCGAGCAGAAGUCUUUGGAGUCGGUGUGGUUGAAGGGAAAUGGUGAAGAUACCACGCCCGACGAUCUUCAAAUCAUGGUCGAAGGACUCAGUCACCUGACCAACCUGCGAGAGCUCGUCUUGAAGGAUGUCUCGGAUGAGUUUACGGAAGAGCACAUCAUCUGUCUGGCCCUGAAUCUUCCUCACCUGGAAGAUUUCUGGACGAGUGGCGGCGAGGUAUCGGCAAAUAUUUUGCUGCCCCUGGCAAAUCUGAAGAACUUGAAGAAUCUGACCUUGUACGCCAUGACCCAAUUCGCCGCGGAUGAAAUUGUGGAUUUCUUGGAACGACUCGAUCGCGAAACGCAGAAAGGGUUCAAUUUGUCGUUGAUGGCUGCAGACCCCGAGAGUGACCUGUCCGAAUCGGAGCAAGAGAUUAUUCGGGAAUAUAUCCGGGUGAAUCUUGACGGCCGUUUUGACUUUGUAUUGUGGCGCGAGGCUGAGCCGAGCGACAGUGAGGAUGACUGA